UACUGUCUGCAGCCAGAGGUUUCUCCAGUCUUCCGGUUCACUUUCACUUCAGUCUUCUAGCUGUCUGUUAGCUUUCCAUCUCCGCGCACAUUUACUAAACAAAAGGAAGACGCAUCCAGUCAUUAUCAAGAUUCUAAGGAUUAGCAGCAUUCUCAGUCCAGAUGAACUCCAAGCUCACCAAGACGCAGCAGAAAGUGAUCUGCUCUCAGCUGGGAAAAGUCAAACUGAAUUUGCUCUACAAAGCCAGCAUCCAUGGUUUCACUGGAGCAGAUUUCCACCAACACUGUGACAACAAGUCACCCACUGUGUCUGUGGGCUACAACACCUCUGGACAUGUGUUUGGAGGCUACACCAGUCAACCGUUCAGUCAGUCUGGACAGUUUGUAAAUGAUAACCAGGCCUUUCUGUUCUCCUUCAGUGGAGAAAAGCUCAACAAAUAUCCAGUCACUAAUGCUUUAUAUGCAGUGAAAAUGGUCAGCACCUGUGGUCCUUAUUUUGGAGAAGCAUUAGUUCUUGCCAAUGGAAACCAACCAAUAGUGUACAGCAAUCCUGGAAACUAUUAUAACUUUAAUGCUGCAGACCUGCAUGGCAACGACCUCAACAUGACCGAGUGUGAAGUUUAUCAGGUGGAAGAGAUUGUUGAAUUGGAGAAACCUUGGAGAGUUGUAACCUGGGAGUCUGAGAGAAGGUCUGAGCUGAUGGAGACCAUUCGAACCUACAGACCUUUGAACAGCUCAGUGACCCAGGCUCGGGUUUUACUCAUUGGAGCAGUUGGAGCUGGAAAGUCCAGCUUUUUCAAUUCCCUCAACUCCAUUUUUAGAGGUCAUGUCACCAGUCAGGCCAUAUCUGGAAGCUGCUCCACCAGUCUGACGACACAGUUUCGAACAUACUCCGUGAAGGCUGGAAGAGAAGGCAAACCUCUGCCACUCAUCCUGUGUGACACCAUGGGACUGGAGGAAAACGUGGGAGCAGGACUUGACAUAGACGACAUCAGCAAUAUUCUUAACGGUCAUCUGCCUGACCGUUACCAGUUCAACCCCUCUGUUCCUCUGCAAUCAGAGGCUCACGGUUUCUGCAAGAGUCCAGGUCUCAAAGACAAGAUCCACUGUGUGACUUAUGUCCUGGACGCCAGCAAGAUCUCCAUCAUGUCCACAAAGAUGGAGGAGAAGCUGAUAGAUAUCCGCAGGAAGGUCAACUUGAUGGGGAUCCCUCAGCUGGUGUUGCUCACUAAAGUAGAUGAAGUUUGCUCUUUGGUGAGAGAAGAUAUCAGAAAUGUCUACAGAAGCAGCUACAUUAGAGAUGUGGUGCAGGAGGCCGGCACUCGGGUCGGUGUACCUUUGUCCUGCAUCAUUCCAGUGAAGAAUUACAGUCAGGAGCUGGAAUUAGAAACGGACAUCGAUAUUCUGCUGCUCAGUGCAGCUGUUCAGAUGCUUCGCUUUGUGGAUAACCUCUUUGAUGACCUCAGUGAUCAGCUAAGCAGUGUCACAAACGUGAAAUAAACAUCACAAACCCCAAAAGUGCAAGACAGCUCAUCAGUAUUUAUGCUUUCAGAAUGAAAACUGUUUGUUGGAAAAUUUAAAUUACAAAUUACUAUGUUGCUUCAAAUUUGUCAAAAUGACUAAAGCUUAAAAAAUUGCAAUAGUAGAAAACCUGGUGGUUGUCUAAUUGUUUCUAUGUACACAAAGCUGAUUGUCAUUCUGUGCUCCCUUUCUUUUAAAGUUUGACAAAAAUAAAUCCAAAUCUUCUGCCUGUUACUAAAAACAAAAAUAAAGCGCUAUGUUUCUGGAAAUGAG